UAGGCAAUCAUAAUCGUUAGUUGUUUAUUUGAAAAUCAGCAAAAAUUUCAAAAUUUAAUUAAACAAUUUGUGUUACAAAAAUGUUCUCCACAAAUAUUGAAGCUAAAAUAACCGCUGAGGAAUUACAGAGGUUGCAGGAAAUGUGUUUGGAAACUUUAAGAACGGGGCAAUUACAUACUUUAAGAAAUGAUGCUAAACUUAGGGCGGUUAACAAUACCACAAGUUAUGAUGAAUUUAAAGAUAUAGUGGAUGCUGCCCAUUUGAAACCCAUAACAAGACAAGAUAAAAUGAAUCCAAAAACUAAAAAUCGUUUAUGGAACUCAGCGGCAAGAGAAAGUGAAGAAUAAAUGAUGAACUUAAUAGAUUUUCAAUUUUCUUCUUAAUAUUCCGCCCUGUCAUAAAACUAUUAUUAAAUUUUCUUAAAAUUUUAAUAAAAAACAUCAU